GGCCCCAAACUCCAGAAAUAGUGACACCAGUGGCAUCUUCCACAAGAACUUGUUAAUGCCUGAGGCCAAGGAGAAGCCUUUUGAGGAGAAAGGGAAGAGCAGCAGCCAAGACCAUGGUCUUGAUGUAACACCUGACAUGGAGAAGGAAAUCAUGAAUGCACUGGGCCCAGGGCCCCAAGAGGACAUCUUAAGCAGUGCGUUUAAACUGAACAUUACUCGACGAGACAUCCAGACUCUUCAGGAAAGCCAGUGGCUCAAUGAUGACAUCAUAAAUUUUUACCUGAACCUACUCUUGGAACGGAGCAAAUCACCAGGCUAUGCAACACUUCACACCUUUAAUACAUUCUUCUAUGCAAAACUCAGGUGUGGGGGAUACAGGUCUGUGAAAAGGUGGACCCAGUCUGUGAAUAUCUUUGAAAAGGACAUUGUCCUGGUGCCUGUACACCUGGAGGUCCACUGGAGCCUAGUGGUCAUAGACCUUAGAAAGAAGACCAUUGUCUACUGGGAUUCCAUGGGACUCAAGAGACCAAGUGUCCUGAGGAUGAUUUUCCACUAUCUGCAAGAAGAGAGCAAAGCAAGAAGGAAUAUAGAUUUGAACCCUUCAGAGUGGAAGCAAUAUAGCAUGGCAGCAGAGGAGAUUCCUCUGCAGCUGAAUAGGAACGAUUGUGGAGUGUUUGCCUGCAAAUAUGCAGACUAUAUUUCAAGAGGCCAACCCAUAACCUUCUCUCAGCAGCAUAUGCCUCUGUUUAGGAAGAAGAUGGUAUGGGAAAUUCUGCAUAAGCGCUUACUGUAACAGC